CCUCAGCCACCUGCUGGCCAAGGGCUUCCCCGGGCAGGUGAAGGCAUCGCGGCUCCGCCACGAAGGGAACCUCUUGUACAAGGAGAAGAAGCUGGACGCGGCGCUGCAGAAGUACAACGAAGCCGUCCGCUUAGCUCCUUCUGAUCAUUUGCUAUAUUGCAACCGGUCCCAGGUCAAUUCUACUUUAAAAUGCUGCGAGGAGGCAUUGCAAGAUGCAGAGAUGGCCUGCCAGCUCCAGCCUUACUGGGUGAAGGGCCACUUGCGAAAGGGCCAAGCCCUCGCCAGCCUGGGGAAGACGGAAGAAGCUUUUCAUGAGUUUUUGUUCUGCCUCGUUCUGGAAGAUGAGAACCAGAAGGUGAAAGCUGAAGCUCAAAGGCUUCUACUUAAUUUGUUUUCGCGGAUCCUGGGAAACACUCAGGAAAACUGGUCUGAAAUCCUACCACUGUUGUCCAGCCAUUCUAGAUUAAAAGGAAGCCUUUUAAGUUCAGUGAGAUCUGGAGGAAUCAGCUAUAGCCUGCCAAGUUUGCUGAAGGUGAGCACGGACCAGGAAAAGCACGGUGAAGACCAGAACGUGACCAACUGUGGCAACUCAGGAAAACCCUUCCAGAGCCUCGAAGGAAGCUUGGAUGAAAACAGAGAUGUCUCCUCAGCAGCGGAGACCGUCCCUGAGAAAAUGAGGCCCCCGAAGAAAAGGUGCUGUGCUGAUGCUGCUGCAGAUUCUGAUCAGCCUCACAAAAUGGCCAAAAGGGAUCAGGGUGAUGAGACGGAAUCCAGUGCUGGAAAUUGCAUCGUCUUUGAGUGUGUGGAUCCAGCUGACCUGGAAUGUUCUCUGUGCAUGAGGCUCUUCUAUGAACCUGUUACCACCCCCUGCGGGCACACUUUCUGCCUCAAAUGCCUUGAACGAUGCUUGGAUCAUAACUCAAAGUGCCCCUUGUGUAAAGAGGACCUCUUGGAGUGCUUGGCCAUGAAGAAACAUUGCAAGACGGUGCUGAUAGAGGAAUUAAUCGCAAAGUACCUUCCGGUAGAACUCACCGAAAGAAGAAAGCUUUACAAGGAGGAAAUGGCUGAAUUUUCCAAUUUGAACAAGAACGUUCCUAUAUUUGUCUGCACGAUGGCUUAUCCCACGGUCCCCUGCCCUCUGCACAUCUUUGAGCCCUGCUACCGAUUGAUGGUUCGGAGAUGUAUGGAGACGGGCACCAAACAGUUCGGCAUGUGUAUUGGGGAUCCCAUCAAAGGGUUUGCAGAUUACGGUUGUAUCCUAGAGAUAAGGAACGUUGAAGUCUUCACUGAUGGGCGGUCCGUGGUGGAUAGCGUUGGCAAGAGGCGGUUUAAGGUGAUACAGCACAGCCAGUGUGAUGGCUACAACACAGCGGAUAUUGAGUACAUCGAAGACAAGAUGGUCCAUGGAGAGGACCGUGCCGGAUUGAUGGUCCUCCAUGAUUUUGUGUAUGACCAAGCCUACAGGUGGUUCAGCUCUCUGAAAUCUGCACUCAGGAUUCGUAUUCUCCAUCACUUCGGUCCAAUGCCUCUUAAAGAAUCAGACCCACAGAUGAACCCUGAUGGCCCUGCCUGGUGCUGGUGGAUAUUGGCCGUCCUUCCUCUGGAGAGCAGAGCUCAGCUUCCGUUCCUGGCCAUGACGUCCCUGACAGCUCGCCUAAAUGGCAUCAGGAACAUUUUAGCCUUCCUCUCCCGCGCUCAGUCGUAGUGACACCCCCGGACCGUGUGAAUUCCCUUGCGUUGGAGGCCUUGUCUCGUCUUGGCUGGCUGUGCGGGAGGCAAAUUAAUAUUAUGGGAGCCUUAAAUUCUCAGGACUGAAGUUCCUUUUCCCACCUCAUGCAUGGAAGGGUCCUCUGUCUAGCUGCAAUAAUCUUUCAGCUGGUCCUGGCUUGAGUUGGUUGGUCUGCAAAGCGGAAACCAUGCUGAACUUUCUAUGUGAGACAUCAGGGCAAUUCCAAGCAAGGCUUACUUGGAAGUCAGUCCCGAGGAGUGCUGUGGAUCUUCCCUUCUGCCAACCUCUAGGUUUUCUGAAGUUCCUUUUUCAGCAGCUGCCCUGUUUUUAAACAAAUUACCCACGUUUUCCCGUAGGCAUCCGUCUGUAUAUUACAAUAGAAGUGGACAAGGCAGAUGCAGACUUGUUUGUCGUAGCGUUCUUUGGGUUAAGAUCAUGGUUUGAUUUAAUCUUAAUUUGGAGCUGUUGCAUUCAAAUAAGCCCAGUUAAUGUGAAGCUAAAAUAUUAACGCAUCAGGAAGAAUCUGGUGGCACCUUUUCCAACUAAUACAUCUUGUAAGACACAAGGUUCACCAAAGUAGGUGUCUUUUAAUGAAAAUUGCCAGUCAGGGAAGGUGCUACCAGACCCUUCCUGAUUUUUAUUUUGCUACCAUAGACUAACUUGGUUCUCCUCCUCCAGUGUCUGAAUUACUAACAGCAUCAGUGAGUUGCUAAGAUCUUCCAAAGGAUUCAGGAAUAACUAUAUCACUUUGGUCACAGAUUUUUCUGCCUUUUCUUUUUUUUUUGCACUUUUUUUUUCAGUUGUAAAUAACUGCAAGAGCCUAUGUGUGUUUUCUCAAAAGUAAAUCCCAUUGCAUUUAA